UGUGUAUAGUUUCUUUGUCCCCUUUCACUCACAUGCAUUUGUUCUCCCACUUCAAUUUCCCCCAUAAAUACACUCUUGUCAUUCCCAUUUUUCCCAAAACACAAUACUUUUCCCUUUCUUAUCAGGUGAUCUAUUUUCUACUCUUUUCUAAGCCCUUCAAUUCUCUCCGAAAAUGGCUCUAAUUAAGAAAACAAGCAAACACAUCACUCAAACAGCAGCCCUCAAACAAAUCCUCAAAAAAUGUUCUAGUUUUGGAAAAAAUAUUGAGAAUGGCUUCCCCCAUGAUGUCCCAAAAGGCCAUUUUGUUGUAUACGUGGGAGAAAAUAGGAGUAGGUACAUAGUUCCAAUUUCUUGGUUGACACAUCCAAGAUUUCAAAGCUUGCUUCAAAGAGCUGAAGAAGAGUUUGGUUUUAGCCAUGAUUUGGGAAUUACUAUUCCUUGUGAUGAAGAUGAUUUCUGCUCUCUGAUUUCCAUGUUCAGAUAGAGAAACUCAAGGAGUUUAUGAUCUUUAUAAUAUAUAUGGUGCACUAAGCUCUUGCUAUGCACGAAGCUCGAGAAAGAGCAGAUCCAGCAAUCAAGUGAAU